AUGGCCGACUAUCCUGUAGAUGCGGCGGCGGAGAAUGAUUCCAGUGGAUCGAAUAUCGCAUCGCCCCGCUCCAGCACAGAUUCCCGGACCACUUCUGUGGGCAACCGAUCUCUCCGACUUUCAUCUCACACGUCCGGUCACCAGCACCGCCAAAGCAUGAGCGAGAGCCUUCGCGGAACUCCUGGGUCUCCGAGGGCUCGACGACAACCGUCACUCACCCAGUCCGCCAUUCAGAGCCUCAUUGAUAAUCCUCCGGCUCCAAGCAAUGUCAACUCUGCAUUCGCCGGUCGGGACUGGCGGGAAAUCCAGAUUGGCGAGCUUGUCAGUCCCAACGACUUGAAAUUCGUGGAGGUCGAUACCGGGAUUGAAGAAGCGACGAAUAUCUUGAUCGAUACCGCAGCUCCGGUGCUCCUGAUUCGAGAAACGCCUGACCAGAAGUCUGCCGUGGGCACUUUCGACUACUCCGAUCUCAAUGCAUACCUUCUGUUGGCGUCAGGACUGACGCAACCCGAUGAAACGUUAUUGGCAUCGUACGAAGAACUAGCCCGAAAGGCGAAACAGGGCAUCAAGAUUCCGCUGAAGGAUGUGAAGGAUUUGGGAAGGAAAGAACCGCUGACAACGCUGCCUGCGUCGGCCAAUGUGAUGACGGCCGUGCAGACUUUCGGGGGAGGUGUGCACCGCGUUGUGGUAGUCGAUGAACAAAAGGAAAGGGAAGUGGUGGGCAUCUUCAGUCAGUACCGGUUGGUCAAGUUUCUGUGGGAGAACGGACGUAGCUUCCCGGUGAUUGACCAGCUCUAUCCCCAAUCCUUGCAUGAGCUGGGAAUUGGUUCGCGCGAGGUCAUCUCAAUCAAUGGGGACCGGCCGCUCUGCGAAGCCCUUCAGGUCAUGAAUAACGAGGGGGUUUCAUCAAUCGCCGUGGUGGACAACCAUUUCAAUGUGGUGGGCAACAUUUCAACAACCGAUGUUAAGCUACUCACCCGGUCGUCCUCACUCCCACUACUGCGCAACACCUGCACACAUUUCAUUUCCGUUAUUCUGUCUACACGUGGCCUGGAAGAGGGCAAGGACUCAUUCCCAGUGUUCCACGUAAACCCGACCUCGACUCUAGCACAUACCGUCGCCAAAGUGGUUGCGACCAAGUCUCACCGCCUGUGGGUCACCGAUCCCCUGUCGCCCGCCUCGUCAGGGCCCCCGACCCCAUCUCAUUCAUCCGUGCACAUUCCUCUUCCGACGACUACGCAAUCUCCGCCGCAGACCCCCGCGAUCGGCAGUAAUCCGAGCCUACAGGCCCCGAAUUUCAGCUCUGCGCACUUGCCAAGCCCGCCCCAGUCGUUCCUCGGCGCGACAACCAUGGUGCCAUCGAUCCCUGCGUCAGCUCUGCCGGGGGCACGGCUCUCGGGACGCCUGGUGGGGGUGGUGAGUUUGACGGAUAUUCUGAACCUGCAGGCCCGGGCGAGCGGGCUCAGUCCGGCCGAUCCAGCGGAGAGUCGGAGUCAACGUCGCCGGAGCAGCAGCUCGAGUGUAAGUGUGCGACGCAGUGGGGAGAUUGGACGGGAGCUGUUCAGUGGGAGGAUUGUAUAG